AUGGCGUAUCUCCUCUACUCCAUCUUCUUUCUCUCCGUCAUCGUCGGAACAGCCCUCUAUUUCACCCGAGAGCGCUGGAUGCAGUACAUGCCCGACCGAGUACAAGAUGUCGUCUACUCCCGACUCCCGACAUCUUUCAUGGGUGAUGUCGAGUCCGGCUUCACGUCCAACGACUUCGACCUGGCAGGCAACGUUAUGGAGGGGGACUCGCGAUCGGGACUAGAUCCAAAAUCCAAGCGCGACAUUCAACGACUGAUGAAGAUCCGUGGCAUCAACUUUGACGAGGCCAGACGUGUAUAUAUGGAACAGCGAUUCAAGAAGGCCGGUAUUGGAGAGGAUGGGAUACCAAAAGAUCCAAAAUUUGUGUCGUUUUCCUGA